AUGACAGGAACAAUUUUUAAACUAUGCGCAGUUGAUGCACAGACGACUUCAGUUGACGAGGUUGUGAAAAUGAUGAAGUACCACGGGGUUGUUAUUAUUCGCGGAUUGAUUUGUGAGGAAGUCUUGGAAAAAGUCGACAACGACAUUAAACCUCAUUUCCGGGACGGCUGCGACAAUCCGCUCUUUCACCAAAAAACCCGAAUUGUGUCCUCGUUACCCAGAAAAUCCCCCGCAUUCGUGGAGUUUAUCGUCUGCAACCCAUUCUGGAUGGAGGUGUGCGAUGCCCUUCUCACCUCUCACCACCAGGCUUGGAUGGGCGACCAAAAUUAUACGUUCGACUCAAGCCCCAUCUACAAUUCGUCCGCGGCAUUCUCUACACUGCCUGGAAAUGAUGCACAGCUGUUACACCGUGAUGAUAUGAAUAAUCAUGCGAAACGAGCAGCCAUCACCCCGGAAGAAUACACCACCGGACGGGACGUAAUCAUCACGACGUUCUUCGCCAGCACGCGCACGAAAAAGGAGAAUGGGGCCACUCGGUUCAUCCCGGGGCCUCAUCUGCAAGAUACCAUGGAGAGGCCAGAUGAGAGUCAAGCGGUAUAUGUUGAAUUGGAACGGGGUGAUGUCUUCAUGAUGCUGGGGAGUUGCUACCAUGCCGCAUCGGCCAACGUAACGGAGCAUGAAGAACGCGUCUUGUACACUGUCUUUACGACUAACCCGCGAUACCGCCAGUUUGAGAACAUCUUCUUGUCACUUCCUCUCGAUAAGCUGCGCAAAUUUCCCCCUCGCAUACAGAAACGGCUGGGAUUCUGUUCCGGCAAUCCUAUAUCUAUCUGGCUCGGCCUCCGAGAUAUGCGGAUGGUUCUCGGCCUUCCCGAGCCAAGCACUAUGCAGCAACUCCAGAGAACUACGUCCAAGGAUUGCAAGCUGAAUAAUGUUUGA